AGUCAAGCGUUUGCUGGUGUUUACUAAAUCAACCAAAUCGUUUUGCGCGUCGGAAGUUUGGAAAUCUGCAAAAUAAUUUGAAAACAAAAGUCUGUUAAAAUUCAAUAUUCUCGGCUACAACCAAAAAUGGAAAACUCAUACGAAAAAUUCUACUCGGAGCCGAACGACGAGGUGCUCGACUGGAGCAAGGAAGCCACCGGCGUCAUCCAGGACAUUGCUCGCCACGUAAAGGAAGCGCACAUUUCUGAACGCAUGAAGCCUACCGAGGCCGAGGCGUACAUCAAUUUGCGCACGCUGGAAGGAACGGAAGUUUGCGUCAAGCUGAACCGGGAAGGCCUGCGGAUUGUGGGCGAUCGUUUCGAUUUGGAUUCUGCUGAACAGGACAACGGUGAGCGGUUUGAGACGCCUUAUGCUCUGCUGUCGCACGUAAGUCCGGCCUAUGUGGAAUCGUUCGGGAGCUGCUUGGCGGAUGCUUUGAGUAGGCAGCUUCAGCAGCAGUUGGUGGGCAAUGGUGCACAGGCCGAAGAUGAGAAGGUCGAAUUAAAACGGUGAGUGGCUUGAUUCAGGGUCUGUGUUAUUUGGCAUAAAGAAGAGUACAUUUUGAUUAUACCAAAUGACCGCUAUGCUAAAUAUCUUUGUGCCUAGUGAUCUUAUGCCAAAUGUCCCGCUCCCCAUUUAACUUCAUAUACUUUUAUUUUAUUUUUUUCAAUCAAUAGACAAUAGAUUCAUUUCUACGGCACCAAUUCCUAUAAACAGUGAAAAUAA